CUUUUAGCCGUUCUUACGAAGCCCCGCCUCCAUUACAUACAUCGCGCUCUAUGAUUGGCUAAUUCUCAGCAACGCGAUCUGAUUGGCCGUCAGUUCUCGUUGGGCGUAUCAGGAUGCAGAUGUUUUGUAACUGUUGUACAGGCGUUACUUAAACAUCGUUACUAUAAAGAUUAUUCAACGUGCAAAUUUUACAACCUCUGUGCCUUUGUUUAGCUUAAACAAACCGUGUAUUUUAGCGGUAGAAAAUGGCAAACGUCGACCUGUCUCGAGUUGGGAAGAACUUGUUAAAGAGCGGAGAAACUGGAGAGAGUGUGGAGCUGCAGUCUCUGUGGCAGCAGCAGACGGUGGUCUUGUUCUUCCUGCGCAGGUUCGGCUGUCAGGUGUGUCGCUGGAUGGCGGCAGAGAUCAGCAAACUGGAGCCGGACUUAGCAGCCAACGGUGUAGCACUGGUGGGGGUCGGACCAGAGGACUUUGGGCUGAAGGAGUUCAAGGAAGGAGGAUUUUUCAAAGGAUCAAUUUACGUUGAUGAACAAAAGAAAUGCUACAAGGAUCUGGGCUUCAAAAGAUACACAGCAUUAAGUGUGGUACCUGCUGCUCUGGGAAAGAAAGUACGAGACGCAGCUGCAAAGGCCAGUGCUGGAGGCAUCCAGGGAAACUUCUCAGGGGAUUUGCUCCAGAGCGGAGGCCUGCUCAUCGUGGCCAAAGGUGGAGAAAAGGUCCUGAUGCACUUUAUCCAGGAUUCACCGGGAGACCACGCGUCUCUGGAGGACGUUUCCAAGACUUUGGGCAUCUCAGUCACAGCGACAGCAGGAGAGAGGCCGGUGUGCAACGAUGAUGUUUGCACACGGUGAUGACGGAGCUGCUGAAGAUCUAAACAUCAGGAGGCUAAAACGGAAAUUAAAGAAGUGGAACUUCAUCAAAGUGCUUAAAUGAACAUAAAACUACUGCCAAUAUUUAUAAUUCCUUGUAAUUUGUUUGUGACAGUAACAUUAGAUAUUAUUGUAUUAUCUACAGUAGCAUUCCUUUUAUAACCAUUCCCUCAUAAUGUUAAUGAAUUGAAAGAAUUUUACCAAGACAAGAUAUUUAUGAAUUUGCAUUCAUGACACUUUUUACAAAUACAUUAAUUAUUUAUAUGUAACUAAUUAAAAUAAAAGUUUCAAAUC